CCUGCAUUCACUAUAUCUGGUCUCCCCGGACCCUGCAUUCACUAUAUCUGGUCUCCCCGGACCCCGCAUUCACUAUAUCCGGUCUCCCCGGACCCCGCAUUCACUAUAUCCGGUCUCCCCGGACCCCGCAUUCACUAUAUCCGGUCUCCCCGGACCCCGCAUUCACUAUAUCCGGUCUCCCCGGACCCUGCAUUCACUAUAUCUGGUCUCCCCGGACCCCGCAUUCACUAUAUCCGGUCUCCCCGGACCCCGCAUUCACUAUAUCCGGUCUCCCCGGACCCCGCAUUCACUAUAUCCGGUCUCCCCGGACUCCGCAUUCACUAUAUCCGGUCUCCCCGGACCCCGCAUUCACUAUAUCCGGUGUCCCCGGACCCCGCAUUCACUAUAUCCGGUGUCCCCGGACCCCGCAUUCACUAUAUCCGUGUCCCCGGACCCCGCAUUCACUAUGUCUGGUCUCCCCGGACCCCGCAUUCACUAUAUCCGGUCUCCCCGGACCCUGCAUUCACUAUAUCUGGUCUGCCACAGUACACACAACAUGGAAAUGCAAUUAUUUUAGUAAAUACAAAAAUGCUAAAUACCUUUUCUCAUCAGCAGUUAGAGCAGUCUUGU